ACGGAAAGUCGAACGACAGAUUAGCGAGUUCAAGCGCGCGCGUGUGUGUAAUAGAAAUAAUAAUAAUAUUAAUAAAAUAUUAACACAUAUUUAUAUUAUAUUAUAUUAUAUUAAUUUUAUCUUUGUCGUGUCUGUCGUUUAUUUUAUGAAUAUGUUUAAGUGUUAUUCAAUAAUAAUAUAUUUUUUUUAUCGUCAAUAAAGCCGAAAAAAAAAUCCGUUUAUCGAUCUUCGCGUUUUGGUGAUUUUCCUCUGGUAAUUUAUUCACACAUUAUUAGUUGUCACAAAACGGAAUAAUUCGGUUACAAAAUAAUUUAAUGAUAUGUGAUUAUAAGUCAUAAUAAUAAUUGUAAUAAUAUGUGACGAUGAGUGUCCGCGGUGUUUGACGGAUACGCGAUCUACGUGAGGAUUUACGCUCUUAAAUUAUGACCGUUUCGUACUCGCGUCUCGUAGCCAACGGAAGUAGUUUUGGAUGUUUUGGCAGUAUACUUUGCAAAUGGCGAGGAAGCGUCUACAAGCUUGUAUGGAGGGAAUUAGCAGCCUAUUUAGUGGUUUAUUUUGCCAUAAAUUUAGCAUACAGGUUUGCAUUCACCGAAGCCCAGCAAAAAUUGUUCAUAAAAAUCCGGUGUUACUUGGCCGGUCAUUCUGCGAGUGUCCCGUUGACGUUUGCUAUGAGCUUCUAUGUCGGUUUGGUGGUAAAACGAUGGUGGGAACAGUAUAGGUUAUUACCUUGGCCCGAUACGUUAGCCCUUUUUGCAAGUGCGGCAAUACCGGGGACAACAGACGAAAGAGGGCGGCUAAUGAGGAGGAACAUAGUAAGGUACGCGGUACUGGCAUAUGUUAUCACUUUGAAGCAAGUGAGCAUAAGGGUGAAAAAACGAUUUCCCACAUUACAACACAUCGUCGACGCCGGUUUGAUGAUGGAUAGCGAGAAGGAGAUACUGGAAGCAGUGGAAGCGAAGACUGCGAUGACCAAUUACUGGAUCCCGUUGACUUGGGCCACCAACAUCAUAAAUCGGGCCAGAAGAGAGAAACUGAUAUCCAACGAUCACAUGGUACAGACAAUACUGUUGGAGAUGUCCGACAUGAGGUACAGACUGGGAUCGCUGAUUGGUUACGAUAAUGUCAACAUUCCCAUUCUCUAUUCACAGGUGGUGACGUUGUCGUUGUACGCUUAUUUCGGCGCUCAGCUUAUCGGAGCUCAGAUGGUAGAGCCUCCGGCAGAUUGGGGAUUCAAAGAUUUUAAAGAGUUCGACCUAUACGUACCGAUCUUGACGAUUAUCGAGUUUUGUUUCUUCGUCGGAUGGCUGAAAGUGGCGGAAGUUCUCAUUGGACCUUUCGGUGAAGACGACGACGACAUAGAGCUCAACUGGUUGAUCGACCGCCACAUAAAGGCGGCUUAUAUGAUCGUAGACGAAAUGCACGAAGAACACCCGGAACUACUGAAAGACCAGUACUGGGACGAGGUAGUGCCCAAAGAUCUGCCGUACACAGUGGCAUCGGAACACUACAGGCGCGAGGAGCCCAAGGGGUCGGCUGAGUGCUAUAAGGUCAAGGAAUCGGAUUCGUUGUAUGCGAACAUGGCACCGAUGCAUCACAUGCACAGGAAGACCGCGGUGCCCGAGGACGUGUACGCAGACUACGAGAGCGUUGACACGCCAAUGGCUGAACGCCGUAAAAAUUGGUUCCAGAGGCAAAUACAUCGAGUGGGAUCGAUUAGAUCGUCAUCGACAACUUAUUCGUCUGGUGGUCUAUUCAAUCGAACCAGGCACAAUUCAGUGUAUUCGAGUCCGGAAAACGGCUUACCCGUGUCAGCAGGCAUAAACGGUCACGGCCACAUCAACGGCAUUAACGGAAGCACACCACAUUUGCAAAAGAUAACGCUGUACGACCGACUGUGGGGUAGGAAAUCUAUGAAAAGUCGACGAGGUAGUACUCAAGGUUCGAACAAGAUUAAUGGACAAAUGAAUGCCAGAGGAAGGCCUAGAAUUCCGACGCCGGAUGUGCAAAAGGACGGUGCUGUCGAUAAGGACAACAAACAGAAUAUGUCCGUCAACGGUUCUACUCAGCCAGGAACGUAUCCGUCAGAUUUGCCCGCAGUCGUACAGGUGGUGUUGUCGCCAAUCCAAGAAAUGGAUCCCAACCUGUCGGGCACGUUGCACAACCAGCGCCGAGUGGCCGGCAGCAUGGGCGUCUGCCAGGGCGUGCUGAAUCCGGCGUUCACCGGCACCGCCGUGUACACCACCAUGUCGGUCAGCCCGAUCGCCAUGUCCACGGUGUCCAUGAGCCGGCCGCUGCUGUCGUCGCUCGGCAUCACCGCGGCGUCGGCGACGGGCGGCGCGACCACGCCACCCGCGCAGCCGUUGCUCAUCACAGACGUCACCGCGGCCACGGUGGCCGCUGCGCACCACUCGGACAAGGACGACAGCGCGUGCGGCGGCAGUUCCAGCGGCAGCGUGUCCAGCACGGACGACCGGAAGACGCCGGCGACCAACAGGCGCAAGAGGGGCGAGGUGUACGUGUAGACCUGCCGUUCCGUUUUUCCAGUUUCUUCCGUUAAUCAUAAUCAUAUAGUUAAUAAUAAUAAUAUUAUAAUGUGCACAAAUUAUAGAUUUUAUCUUUGUUAUUACGUGCGCGGGGUUGACGGUAUUUUGUUGUUGUUGUUUUUGUUGUUUCCGAAACCGCGACGACUGCGCGCACGUAAAGACUGUGGAUGGGCCUGGGGAGAUGGGGAAUGAUGGAGGUGUAAGAGAUAUAAUAUAAUAAUUUAACGAAACGAUUUGAUUUAAUUAUACCGGACGUGCCUGAUACCCGUUGCUCGUCUUAAAUUCUCAUACGAUCUCCCGUGGAUUAUAUAGUAAAUAAUUAAUAAAAAUUCACACCUACAGGUGUAAAUAUUUUAUAUUACCUAUGUGAAGUGCUCGAGAACGAUUUUCUUCGAAAAGGCUGAUGGCGCUAAACUUUCCGAAAUAAAAUUGAGCUUAAUGUCAUCGAUUCCGAGCCAUUUCCCUGCACGUCGAGUACGAGUUCAAAGUAUAAUGUAUACGUAACAUUUACCGGGUCAUUGGCGAGCGUCGUUUCCUGGUACAUCGGUGUGACGGUGUGAGAGUUUUUUUAUGGUUACGCCGACAGUCGUUACUAUAGCGGCGUUGGGUCGAGUACCUACGCUAGAAUAUCUCGGUUAGAUUUUCGAUAUUGUUUUGAAUCCCCGAUUAAUAUGAUAUUUAUAAAUGUAUUAAUUUGCAGCGUGUCGUAGUGAUAAAAAUUUUCCAAAAAAAUCUUCUUUAUCUGUAUGCACAAUGCAUGCAUACAUCGCCCACCGGUAAUACGGUUUUCUUUUUAUUACGCAUUCGAUGUAGGUACUUACUGUGUAUUAUACAUAAUAUCAAUAUUAUUAUACAUAUUAUUUUCGGUGUACCAUUCCGAAUGACAAGACUGCUGACAACGUGUACAUCGCGUGAUAGGUACAUACCGUCAGCCCCAGACUGGUGCAGUAUUUUCCUAUAUAUUUAUGUUAUAUCAUAAUAUAAUAACAAUAUUAUUAUAAUGCCUCGUGCAUAUCGGAACUCGUAUUAUACAUAAUGUGAUACACUGGUACAAUGUAUUUAUGCAUAUCGUAUUUUAUAGACUCGUACGAACGCGUUGCAUACUUAAGUGUACAACAAAUACAGUAAUACGUCCAUAAUAAAAUAAUAAACAAUAUAAGUAUAAUUAUGUAUACAUAGGUAAUAAAUUGUAAGUAGCGAGUGGCUAAGCGAGAUGACGCGAUAUUGUAUAUUUUUUAGUAAUAAAAAAAUUAUAAAUUAUAAUGUGUAACGCCUAAGAGUCAAAUUAUUAUGAAUUUUGCUCAAUUUGAACAAUUAUAUUUUAUUUUAUAGAGACAUAUUAUAUUUUUAAGAUGUACCUAUAUAAUAUUUUAAAUCGCCACUGUAUAUAAUAUAUAUAAAAUAAGGCAUAUAAACCAAUAAUGUAUGUAUAAAUUCUAACAACUAACCCAACUCACAUAUUAUUACUAUAAAUAAAAUAACACGUUUCUAUAUCGUACCUAUAUAAUAAUGUAUACUAUUCAAAAUACUAUACAUAAAUAUUUGUAAAUAUUAUCAUUAUUAUUAUUAUAUAUUUACCAUUGUUUUAGCAACAUUAUAAUCUUAAUAAUAAAUAGUAUUAGUUAGACGUUAAAAUUACUAGAUUUUUAUAAUAUACCUAUAUAAUAUGUAUAUUAUAAUAUAUAUGAACAAAAUGUGAUACCUAAUCAAAACACCAAAUAUGCCGUCCAAUAUGUCUAUCAUUAUAAUAUUAUGCCUGUGUAAUAUAAUAUACAAUAUUGUGUAACCUA